AUGAGAAAUAUAGACAAAUGAAAAACCAGCAGCAGAUGGUUCAAUAAUAGGCUUCACUGCUGUAAUCUACUGACGUGUUUGCGAAUUUCCCUGAAACUGGAAACCCCAAGGUAAAGGGUACCGAUGGCUUUGUCUGGUGGCUGACAAAUGGGAAAGUCUGACUCUUUCUCGUUAGUUUUGCUUGGAAGGUUCAUUUUGGAAGGCAAUGCAUUCACCGGCCUGAGAUUGCAAACCAAUUUCUGGGUUUGAGAAUCAACUUCAAUUGGGCAAUGGCGAUUGAAGAAAGAAAUAGCCGCGAAACAGCCAUUCAAGAAUCAAGAUUGGUACGCAAUCCUGAACCAGUGAGUUCAUUGAUUCCAAGAACGAACUUGUCUCAGAAACUACAAGAUUGUUUUUGCUCGCCAGUAAGCAUUUGGUAUCUGUACACUUGGCCAUUGCCAAAUGAGUUUCGAAACUGGACACUUCCCAAUUAAAAUCCAUUGUGUCCUGUGUAUGCCGAAUAAAAGGGCGCGGUGCAUGCUUCCUGCGUGGGCUUAAGCUCAUAUAACUCAGAGGUAUCCCUGGCACUCCAGUGUCUUGAAAGAUUUAUAUGGACCAUUGAGUUUGGUUGAGUCGAAGCAGUUCUGGAAUGGUGCUUUUCUAGCAAAAGCAAUCUCGCUUUGUUUUUCUUACUUGAGUUUGCGAUUCAUUUAUUUCAAACAUUCUGACGCCAAAGUUCCAAAAGGAAAUGAUGAAUGAGGGUAUGGGAAAGGAUAACUAUAGCGAGAUGGACGGGAAGCAUGAGAUGAUAACUGCAGAGAACAGGCCCUCCUUUCUCAAACCCAUAGGUUUCAUCCAACCAGGAGAACUGAUGAUUCCACCACAGUUCCUGAAGCAUAUAUCAAAAGAAUUGUGUGGUAGAGCAACCCUACAGGUUUCUUCUGGUAGUUCAUGGAUUGUAGAAGUGCUUGAGACAAACAGGGGUGUGUUCUUACAGAAAGGCUGGCAGGAGUUCCUUAAAGAUAACUCCGUAGGAAAUAACGAGAUUUUGCAUUUUAGAUAUGACGGGGAUAUGUGUUUCUAUGUAAAAAUUUUUGACCGCUCUGGAUGUGAGAGAGUUGAUGAAUCCUCUAGCAGAGUUGAUCAAGAAUCUGGCCAUCAUAAUCUAAAAAGGCCACGAGGCAGAGGCCGCAGACCAAGGAAAUACCCUGUUGAUGCCAUGAAUCUCCCUCCGUCGUCAUCCUGUGGAGAUGAUCCGGGUCAAGAAUCCAAGGGUUCCAACAGGAAGAAAGAAGAAAAAGCCAACCAUAGAGAGACGGAAACAGAAGACUCUCAGUUUGCCAUCCAGGGCGUAGAGUCACAGCACCUAAAGCCUAAAGACAAGGAUGCUCCUGAAAGGAUGACUGAAACAGUAAUAAUGGACUCGACUACCCAAGAAAUCGACUCUGGUGUAAUUUCGACAGAAUCUGAUAGAAAUGUUACUGGGGAUGAUCGAGCAGUUAAACCUUUUCCUUGUGAAACUCUUUGUUUUAAAUCUGUCAUGAAAAGGUCAAAUGUAGAGACGGCAUUCGUUCUGUAUAUCCCUACUUCAUUUGCUAAGGCGAACUUACCCAGCACCGAAUCACAAAUCACCCUUCGAAAUAUGGAAGGAGCAACAUGGCUGGUGAAGCAUAUAGUUGCUCGGAAAGGACAUUAUUUCUGUGGGGGUUGGUUUGGCUUCGUACGUGAUAACGAGCUCAAGGUGGGGGAAGUUUGCAUAUUUGAGCUUGUUGAUACAAAUACAAUGGAGGUCCUAAUACUUCCACCCAAUGCAAGACAUUGAAGUUGAAACUUCCAAUCGUCAAGGUACUGCUGUUGGGGUAUAUCCGACAAGCUGUUUCAAUUUCAUGGAUGGUCGUAAGACUUCUUAAGUUUUUAACUUGGUUUAUCUGCAGAUCAUGCACUUUCAUACAUGGUUUUCCAUGUAUUUAGUUGCUUUCAUUUGCUUUUGGUUAUAUUCUGCUGUAAUAAGCACUUUUUUGUCUGACAUUGAUCAAUGCUUAGUCAUUGCUAGAACUUGGUUUAAACUU